UUGCUGCUCUGAAGAGCGUGAAGCUGCGAGGACAAACUGCAUACCUCUUCGCUCUUCGCCGUGGAAUCUGCGCCAGAAUCGCAGCAGCUUGUCUCGCUGAGACAGGAGCUCUCGGCGUCGCAGAGGAACGCGGAGGUUUCGACUUUAAAACGCAGAAUUUGUCGUCGCCACAGCGUCUUUCCGUUCUCACACGUGUACCUCUGUCUUCUUGGAGGAUCUUCCAACUCCCAAGACUGUGAAAACGCAGAGAAGCUCGGUGCCGAGUUGGAGGCCAAGCCCGUUGCGGUCCUCCCGCGCUUGUCGACUGCUAGUGUCUACCGGAAGCCUGUCCGUCUCUGUUUUAGCACUCUCUUUCUUCCACUUUCUCGCCGUCUUCCGCUGCUUUGUUUGCUUCCUCGAAGAGAUUUAGCACGUAUUUCUUGUGUGGCAACGAUUUUUCUGCGCGACAAUGCCGGCCCUGCGCGACUUCCGUACUAGAGUGGUCUCCGGGCCCCCGCCGCUCUGCGCCGAUGUCGGUUCCAGAGAGGAGGCGAAUUUGGAGGGGAAAUUGCCCUGGAAAUCUGACCGUCCCUCGUCGGCUUGCCUCGAGUCUCCUGCUUCUGAUGAUUCGCUUUUCUUCUAACUCGGAGUGCCUGUCUUUCGAAUUCUCUCGGACUGGAAAACUCGCUACCUCUCCAGAAACUGCCUUCCCGGUCGCCGCCGCUCCGGUGAAACGCCUUCCUCUCUCUUCUUGUCUCUUUUGCCGUCGCCUUCACCUCGCUCUUCCUAUCUGUCUCCUUCACUUCUCUUUUCCACCACGUCUCUCGCGUCUCUUCCCCGUCUGUCUCGCGUCGACUCUCAUUUUCCUUUUCUCCCGCGACCGUCCUUCCACUCCUUUGUUUCGCCGUCCUUUUCGCUCUGCUCAUCUGCUGCGCCGCUUCGCCUUGAUUCCUUCCUUGGUCCUUCCUUGCGUUCCAAACUUUUCCGGCCUCCGUUCUUUUUUAAACCAUGGGCAACACAGUCGCCACGACGAGCACGACGUCGACGGGGGGGUCUUCGCCCUCGCCUCUUCCGACGUACACACCGAACGCCUUUUACAGCGCGUCUGGAACUGGGCACUGGCAACCGCAUCCGUCUGCGUCCCUGCUCUCGAGUUCUUCGGCAAACGCAUCGAAUUUCUUCUUUGCGGCGCCUGCUUCUUCGCAGAAAAACGCAGUGACCGGAGGGGCGCUCCCCGACGACGUCGCUGCCCUCGUCUCGGAGUUCCCGACGCUCACUCUGCUGGGCUGCAUAGGCACUUCGCGGCUCUUUCGCGCGGUCUUGACUUUUACGCCAGAGGACGGAGUCGGCGUUGGGAAGCUUCUGGUCAGAAAAGAGCCGCAAGCAAGUACCAAGACUUAUCUGCAGAAAUACGGACCUGUGCUCGACGCCUACAGGGCACAACUCCUCCCCGACAUCCAUCCAAAUGUGUGUUCCUAUGACCGGGUUUUGUCAUCGGAUCGAACGGUGCUGCUGCUCCGUCGCUUCUUCGCACAUUGCCUCUCGGACAGACUCCACGCUCGACCGUUCUUGUCUGCAUCUCAGCAGCUGUUUCUCGCGUUUCAACUUCUGUUGGGGGUAGCGCAGCUUCACAGUCUCGGCCUCGUCCACGGCGACAUUAAAGGAGCCAACGUAGGAAUUACCUCGUGGCUGCAUGCCUGCCUCAUCGACGCGGCGCCUUGGAAGCCCCUGCGCCUCUCUCUCGCCGACGGCAGGAAGCUGACUGCCUUCUUCGGGGGACCUUGCACGGGGCAGUGUCAUGUCGCGCCUGAGAGGUUUUUUUCGGCGCCCGAGAACUCUGAGCGGUCUGCCUGCGACCAGGCCUCUUCGGCGUUUCCGCGUUCUUCAUUUUCUCUCGCUUCAGUACAGGCGCUUCAGAGCGCAGACGUUUUCUCCAUGGCUGCAACUCUCCUUGAAAUUUUCACCGAUGUGCCAGGCUGCCAGCAGCGCGUGGUGGAUCUGCCGCUGCUUCUUCAGCUACGACAGGCGCUUUUGGAGCAACGAGAAGACGCAGCAAAGAGUGCAUCCAGACUUGAAAAAAAGAAAGAGUGUGCGAGAACUGGACUUGUCCCAAAUCCGACAGACAGUUGUCCUGUACAUGUAGACUACCGCAACACCUCCCGCGAGGCCCUCAGGCCUCGGCAUCCGGGAGUCUCCGAUACGCCACUCCCUCGAGGCCAGCCUGUAGGUGACGGCAACUGCAUGCACGGCGGAGGAACAGGGGCGUCAGACGCGCGAGGCGAGGAUGAGAGGAACGGACGCCCUUUCGGCGAGGCAGACAGGACCGUCAGUUCUUCUCUUUCUCCUUUCCUGACAGACUCGUUUUCUGUCUCUGAGACCUCGAAAGGCCUAUCCACAUGUCGCUUGUCGCAGACACCUGAACGGCGACCCUGUGGACCGUCGGGUGUCAACACAGAGGGAGUUGACGAGUACGAGAAUCCUCGAGUUUCAUCGAGCCACUCGCGUUCUGCUUCUCGGAGUCUUUGCGGGACCUUCGCGUUGCCCUCACCUUCUUCUCCUGUUCCUCCCUUGAUUCGGUCCCCGCCCGCUCUCGCGAGGGCCUUGAGGGGCGUCCGGAGCGCAUGCAUUCGCCGUGCGCUGCAGGAGGGCAUUUUUCUUCGACAGCCGGAGACGCGUCUCUCGGCGCUGGACUGUCUUGAGCGCUGGGGCGCCCCCUGGAGUCCCGCGGCCUUCUUUCCACCCGCCUUCUUCUCUUGCUUCUUGCCGCUUUUCACCGUGCUCACUCACCCGACCUACCAACAGCCCGAUAUCCGCAUGCUUCUCGUGUGGACGUUCCUCCCUCACUUCGUGGCUGCGACGCUCCAGCGGAGACGGCGAGGCCCGAUAGGAGACACCGGAGACACUGCCGAGACGCAGGGAAACCCGCAAGGCUGGACGACCUGGGAGAGAGAAGGUGCGAGUGCAGAGGCAGGGGACGCAGAGCGAGAACAGAGAGUCGUGGAGAUGCUCGAAGAAGCUGUCGAGCAACACGUCGCCAGUGUCGACCCACAAGUCAUGUACCAGUGCAUCCUCCACAGCGCCGUAACCUCCCCGGACUGCUCGGCCGUCGCUGCCUUGGUGGGAGCGUGGGGUGCCUCACGCAGACGCGAAGCCGCUGCAGCAGUCGCAGCGGCUGCCUCCGUUUUCCAGUCUCUUCCAACCUCUUCGAGUUCUGCCGACUCUUCCCUUGCGUCUCCUCCCUGUUCCUCUUCUCGUCUCGCGUUUCCGAAAAAUGACACUCGCCACCUUCUCGGACAUCCCCCCGUCGACUCCGCGCCUGCGCAGCCCCGCGUCGAGGCUCCAACAGGGGCGAUUCGGACCUCCCCGGAAGCCUUCGGAGACACCUCAGGGGCCGCGUCUCUCGCCUCGCAGUUCGCGACGGCCUCACCCGCGGCCAGACCGGCAGGAACCGGCGCAGAGGCUGACAAAGGCUGGAGGGAGAGAGAAGCAGCAGCGAGAGGAGCGGCGGAAGCAGUGGGAGGGUUCGGGGAAGUUCCACACCCUGAUUUGAGUCUCGACUCUGCUCGGAGAUUCUCCGCGAGGCUCCUGUUUCUCUGGAGGAAGAGUGGACGUCUCGCUGUGGAGAAGCAUUUGCCGCCCGCAGAGGUUUUCCGGGAACUCGAGGCGGACCGCCGUGCGUUGUACGACGGUCUCUUUCUUCCUCGUUCUUCGCCAGGAUCUUUUGAGUCUUCGCUUUCUAAGUCCACCACGCAUGCAGCGGAGACACGAGGUUCUGGCGGCGACGCCCAGGUUCCACGACCGGGACAAACACAAGUCGCGGAGGACGGUGACGGGGGUUUUCCUUUUAGAGCACAGACGAACAGCGUGGUCGCCUCUCCGUUGUCGACUCCCUUCCCUCCACGAGAAGCUCGCGGAGAGGCCCAAUUUAUCUCUGCCUUCUGCAACUCGAGGUUCGUCUCGUAUCCAUCCCUGGGGUCUCUGGAGGCCGCCGUCUCGUUGGCGAGGCCCGCCUGCGCUUCGCCGGGGCUGCGGCGCGGGAGCGUGGCUCUUCUUGUGGAGCUUGUGGGGACGACUCUCGAGCACUGCGGUUCGCCUCAGGUCCGCGUCUGUGGGGUGUCUACACUCGCCUUCCUCGCGCGUUUCUCGACGCUCCACUCGCUUCUAAACUCCGUCCUGCCAUUUCUCCUGCGGGCUCUCGACGCCCCGAUCCCAGCCGUCCGAGCUGCAGCCGUCCGCGCCCUCCCCGCCGCCCUCUCGCAGAUUUACUUGCCUGAGGCUCCGUGGAUCGAGAGAGACACCGAGGACCGACCAGUUGCGGGUCGGUCUCCUUCGGGGCCGGCGGGGCGCCUUGGCACAGAACGAGACGAGCAGGCAGGAAAGAAGGUCGCGUUCGAAAAGGGUGGCUUGUUUUCGGAGCGGCCGCCGGCGCGUUGGUUCGACGAAGACCCUCGGGAUACCGACGUCGAGGCGGAAGGUGACGCAUCUGACGACCGGGCUGCGGCGCGGAGUCUCGCGUCUGGCGCCUUCGACUUCUUUGUGUUCUUCUCGCAACUGCUGCUGCCGCGGCUUCAGCGUCUCGCGACCAGCGACGGCGAACUGGUGGUUCGACUCGCAGUCGCCGAAACUCUCCCCGGGGUCCUCCUGGCGACGGCGCGCUGUCUCGAGCUGCAGGCAGGCGCCCAGGCCGAGGCAGGUCUUCUCUCCGAGGCCGUGGGGUGUGUGGGCGUCUCUAGAAACACUUUGGGAGUCUCUGGAAAGAGUUGCGGUGGCGCGUCUGGCCUGCGGGGUUCUGCGACGUCUCCCGCCUCAGGGCUGCUUCUGGACGGGCGCUUGCACCAGCUCCGGGCGGCGGUCAAGCCACUGCUCCAGCAGCUCCUCACAAGCCGGCAACCUGUGCAGCGGCUGGCGCUGCUGGAGAGAGUGGCCGACCUCGCGAGUUUUCUCGGAGCCGAGGAGGCGCAGCAGUUCCUCCUACCGUAUUUGAUCAUGCAGCUGAACGACCCGCUCGCGCCCGCGAUUCGCGCCGCUGUCACCCUCGGCCUCGGGCGCGUUGGACUUUGCGGCGGGGCGCGAGAGACAGUGGAAACCUGCAUUCUCCCCUGCUGCGAACAGGCACUCGUAGACGCCCGGGAGGAGGUCCUCCUGGCGGCGCUGCGAGCCCUGCAGCUGCUGGCGAGCGCGGGCCUCCUCGCCUCGUCCUUUGGGCGAGGAGCCAGCUCCGGUGGGGCUUCGUCUGGUUUGUCGAGGGCGGCGAAACCACUGCCGGACGGCCCGUCGCCUGGGGGCAGCAACCGGUUCCUCGGCGGCCUUCUUUCCUUUCUGAAGACACGCGUUUUGCCGCUUUUGGUCCUGCCGUCUGCGGCAGUCAGAAGCGAAGUUCUCCACCUGCUUGGGCUACUGGAGACCCUCUGGGGCCCCGCAACGAGCUUUGCUCUCCUCCUGCCUCUCCUGGCCCCCUUCACAACUCGAGGGGACGGAGGGGGAGGCGUUGAGGAAUGGCGAGAAUGCGACGGAGACAUCGGAGACAUCAAUCCUCGAAGCGCCGCCGAAGCGCCACUCCUCUCUGUCGAGGACCUGCCCCAGUGGCUGCGGCCGCCUCUCACGCAUAAAGUUUACAGUCAACUGGUCGGGCCUCAGUUCCGACAGCCUCUAGCUGCGCUAGGUGCCGCAGUCGCCAGUUCAGAGAGGAGCGCGUGCACAGAUCCUCUUGCUCGAAUUCUCUUCCAAACGCACGACUGGGGAAACGGGGCAGCAGGAAGGCGAGAGAAGGAAAGUGGGCUCAGUAGUGAACACGCUAGCUCGGGAUGCGAAGACGAAGACUUCGAAACGCAUGCAGUUUCACGCAUGCAACGGACUUUCGCUGCGUUUGUCGAGUGGCAGCGAUCUCGGAAACAACCGGGCUUAGUGCGAAACCGUGUCACGGAUUUUCUCGCUUUCGCCGACAACCACGUCAAGAUUUCUCUCUAUUCUCGGAAAUCUGUCCUCUACGCUUCAACUUCUUCUCCGAGUUCUCCUUCGUGUUCUUCAAGUUCCGCUUCUGAUUCUUCCUUGGUUUCUCCGGGUGUGUGUAGAGACCUCUCGCGAGAUCAGCUGAAGUGUCUGGGCAUCCUUCUGGGUUUGGCGGCGGCGGACCGUUCCGCAUUGCUUCUCUUGCUGCCGUACCUGCGGAGCGUGGACCGUUCGCAUGCGUCUCAGGCGCGGCUCGCGUUUUUCCCCUUUCUUUCGGGUCAGCUAGGCUCUUUGCGGGGCGACGGCGGAGACAGUUCGCCCCGCUUCGGGUCUGCGGGCGCGGACUCGCUGGACGAGGCGAUGCCGGCGGGCCAACCUCUGGGACUGGUGGACGAGGCGGCCGAGAGCCUCGAGGGCGCGCGAGACGACGCCUGUCCGUGUCUCCAUCCGCCCAAGACGGAGACAGCUGCUCGCGAAUAUUUCCUCAUGUCCUGUCUGCUGUCUCCCCCUCUCCCGACUACUGUUCAUUCCCUGCCCUCCCUCCGUCUGUCGCCUCUCCAGGCUCUCCUGCCGCUCCUCCCUGCAUCUCUCGUGAGCAGCAGCUCUUGCGAGAUUGCCUCUCUCUUCCCCGUCUGUCUCGUUCUGUGUCUCGACCGCCACGGCGGCCGGGGCCUUUCGGGCGAGAGGAAGGCAGGCAGCCUCAGAGCGAAACCUGUCGUCUGUUCUAAGGGAGGAUUUGCGUCGGCGAGAACUGGGUUUCUUCGCGAGCUGGAAAGCGCAGGAUCCGCCGCGCUAGGAGCUGCUCAGCUUCUGGCUGUGGCAGCCGCUGCAGAGGCGGGAACACGCCGCCCUCUUCCUUCUCUCCAGCAGGCGAUGUUGGGCCUUCCUGCGACCGGCGGAGAUCUGGCAGACCUCCUUGCUUCUGACGCCUCUCGCCUUUCGGGCCCGAUGCCCUUCGAUCUCUUCCACGCCGCCGUCUUGGGUGCUUGCGCAGCGAGCGUUGUUCGACCUCACUCCUUCCUCGCCGACGCCCUGCCUUCCCGAUCGACCUCGCUGUCUCCUCUGGAGCCCCAGCCUCGCUCCACUAUGUCUCCCGAACUUUCUUCUUCAUCUGCUUCGCGGGCGUUCUCUCUGCCGUCGCCGCUGCAGCGUGACUGGCGGUGCGUGGUGUUGGGGCUGCCGCGUCGUCCUUCCCUGGAAGUCGGGCGCCUGCAGAAGGCAGGCGCGGCCGAGAGCGGGACUUUGAAUCUUUACUCGUACUUGACUGCCUCGCCUCCAGUUCUCCUGCUCCGCCACCCGCUUCACCUUCCGGUUCUGGGCGCCUCUCGAGGGUCGCCUUCUCGCCACGCGUCCUCGACUGUCUCUGCGUCCGCGCUACCUGUCGCCUCGCCCUACCACCUCGACUCGCCUUCUCCGCCGGCCUCGGAGAGGGCCUCAGGGAAACUGGCCUCCGUCGGGCUCGCUCGGCUUUUGCCGCUCUCUGGCCCGCAGGUCUCAGCGGCUUCAACGGCGCCCGGGUCGCUUCUUUCUUCUCAGCGGACAACUUCUUCGCUUUCAGACGCCUCGAAAACACAGGCAGCCUCCUCUGGGGACUCGGGAUCCUCUCCGCCCCUAGCCACUGGCGGUGCUGGCGAGCUCUCGGGCGCCUUCGGCUCCGGAUCCGUAGGGGCCGGUGCGGCGCGUAGGGCGAGUGCACCGUCGGGCCCCGAGGAGCCCGACGGGGAGGCUCCGGGCGGCCGCGCCCAGCCGGGCCGCCGCCCUCGCUCUGGAAGAGAUGCUGGAGGGCCUUCGGGUGCUUCUCGACUCCCGACCACCGGCUGCGGUGUGGUUCUCUGCGCAGUCCCCGGCCUCGCGGAGAUGGCCAGAUGGCGGCCGCAGGGCCAGCUAGUCGGCAUGCUGCUGGAGCAAGACACCACGGGGAGUCCGCAGCUUGGAGACACGAGCGACGCCGCGGGCCGAGGCCCGCGAGGACGGAAAGGAGACUCUGGACACCGAGUCCUGCUCGCCAGCACUGAAGAUGGCCGCCUUCUCGUCACGGGCUGUAUGGACACGGUCGAAGGGCGAAUCGCCGCCUGGAGCUGCGCCGAUAUCGUCAGACACGGAAGGGCGACCCCGCUGUCGACUUGGAGCCUGCCGUCUCCUUUGACCGCAACGACCCUCAAGUUUCUUCACAACACCAGGGCUCUCGCAGUUGGUGGGUCUGACGGGAGUUGUCGGCUGUUUCGCUUCGAUAGCUCUCAAGGCGGGGCUUCUUCUGGGGGGGGAGCUGGCGUUCAUCUUCUCUUGUCGCUUCCGCCUCCCGCGUUUCCCCUCUUUUCUUCGCCGUCCUCGUCUUUGCUUCUGCGUCACCGGGCUCCGGACUUCUCGCCGUUGCCGCGCCGAGGGGUGUCGGGGUCGCUCUCGUGGGCCGUCUCGGCCUCUGCAUGUCAUUCUCCCGAGGCUCGCCUUCUCUCUCGGCUGCUCCUUCCCGCCUCCCUGAGCUUUCCUUCUUUCUUCUCUUUGGCCUCGCGCCGCGCGCGACACCCGGGCCUUCUGGCUGCGCGGGCUGCUGGGGCGGCGGGGGUCUCUCGGGGCGUCGUGGGUCUCGACCACUUCGACAGCUGCUUCGAACAGCUUCUCCUCUUCCUUCUGGAGAACGGCCAUGUGGGCGCGUACGACUUGCGAGCUUCUUCGCUCCCCGUCUUCUCCGCGGCGGCCCUCCCGCCCUGGUGGGGCUUGCCUACGGCACAAAGUGUCUCCGCUGACGGCAAGUUCCUCUGUCUCGGGACUGCAGGCGGGGCGCUGUUGCUCUUCGACCUCCGCCUUCUCCUCCCCCUCCGGGCCUGGCGAGUCCGCGCGGAGGGCCGCCUCGCGCCGGUGAUUCUCCAGCUUCGCCCCUGUCCCCUCCACCUGGUGCGCACCACGCAGACCGACCCUCGUGCCUGCAAGGACGUCGCCGCCGCGGGUCCGACCGCCUCUGGAGCCGCAGCCCAGAGGGUCGGUCUGUCGGGGCCUGUGAAGGCCCUCACGCCCCCCCACGGAGACACUCGCCUGGGUUCAAGCGAGGAGACCCCCGGGUCCUUUUCGGGCUCUGCGGCGAGUGGGUCUCGAGCCCGGGCCUGUGGAACCGCCUGGAGCGACCCCGGAGUUGACGGAGACAGCAAUGCGUCAGGCCCCGACAGCACGGGUAGCUGUCUUUUCCUCUGUCUCGUCGGAGGAGACACCGGCGCUGCAGUCGCUGUGGACCUCGAGACCGGGCGCGUUGUCGCCACGUUCGCGACCAGCUGUUUCGCGCGGCGCAUGGAGGAGACAGACGCGUGUGGAGAGGAAGGUGUCUCCGACUCGGAGGAAGAGACAGUCGACGAUGUUGGUCGACUCGCAGUCUCGCGAGCGUUCAUGAAAGACCAACAUCGAGGGAAGACUCAGAGUGAUAGUCGUGAGUUUCGGGGGCGCAGAGAAACCGGGAUGUUUCUGGAGUCGGACGAUCAGAGCGGAGCCUCUCCGCGCUUCUGGCUUGAGCAACUCGACCUGUCGUCGCUUGUUACCCCGAACGCAUCUGCCUCCUCUGCCUCCUUUUUCUCGACCCAGACGAUCGAGGCGGGCCUCGCUGCCACCGCUCUCUCCCCCCACUGUCCUCGAUGUCUGUUCUUGCCGCCAGCUCUCCGAGGGCCCCCAGCCUUCUUCCUCACGGCAGGAAACGACCGCUGCAUUCGCUACUGGGGCCUGGAGGCGGCUUCCGCCUGCUACCUGGGCGAAGCGGACCUCCGGCGGGCCGGCUGGGGCGAGGCGUAUCUCGGUCGAGAUAGGCUUUUCUCUGCAUCCCGUCGGACACCCUUCGGGACGGACGUGGACGUUGGGGAGAAAAGAACUGCGAGGUUCGUCUGCAAACAAAAGGGCGGCAUCGACGCCUACGUGGUUGUCGCGCCCGAAGACUCUUGUGCCCACAGGGGCAGUGCGGGCCAGGGAGAGGGGCUGGGUUUAUCUGGCACGACUCGGACGGUGACACGAAUUCACAUUCCAGUUUGUUUCGGAGAACGAUGUACACCGAGGAACCCUGCUGUUGUCGCCCCGGAACUUCCUGCAGCGAGAGAAGAGGAACGUUUGGCCGCCGCGGCUCUUCGUGUUUCGCACCUUACUGUGGAGAAAACGGUUUCAGUUCCUCUGUAAACGAAGAUCGCCUUCGAGAUGCCGGGCCGCGACCCCCUUCUGUGCAGCACAGAGACGCAAUUCUGGAUCUCUCCUUUGUUGAGCUUCAACAGCAACUUUUGCUUGUUUCUUCGGGCCGUGACGGUGUCGUGAAGAUAUGGAGGUGAAACGGCCGCGGACCGCACGCGAGAGGAGUUGCCGUAAAGGAAUGGAACAGGAACACGAGAGAUAAUUCAGCAGGAGCGUUUUCGGUGACUGCGGUCGGCGCCAAAUACGACCGGCUGAAGCGGCGAAAAAGAAGAAACCGGAAACGGAUUGUAGAGUUAUUUCUGCAGAAACGUAUACGUGCGCAGUGGGCGGUUACGUGGGGGUACUUCCUUGGUGGCGGGUCUUUGACAGAUCUUCAGAAGAUUUUGUUUUUCUUACCACAAAAAGGUUCCGAAACACCGUUUCCUACCUGCGUGCACAAACGAGCGGGUUUGUGUGACGGACCGGUUUCUGCAGUCUUUUCUGCUUUGCGCGUCUUGUGAAAUUUCUAUCAUCUGUCAUCAGCAACCUCCAGCUAGAGCGCGUGCACUGCCAAUCCUGGGUCCGUUUUCACGCGAAGUUCACCAGCGUGUCUCUAGUGAAAAAACCGAGCGAGCAGCAACCCUAGAAGCGUCGAGACGGCUAGAGAGUAUCCAGGAUAUAUUUGAACAGCCAACCUUUGUGUGCAUCUGUACGUUAUCAAUGCCCGCUAUGUACGUGCAGAGUCUCUCGCUGCUACUGUUUCGAGAUUCUUUAAUCGAGGUAUUCUGGUGCUGAAGUGAAAUAGCACCGCGAGAGCGUACACGCACGUGAACACCCCUCCCUUUCGGCAAUUAACACGAUUGGGGCAACACUAGAAUUCGCGCAUGUUCGAAACUGCGUUUCCUCCGAUUACCAAGC